UUAGAGGCCAAGCGCUUAAUCGGAGAUUUCAAUGGACAAGUGAGAUUAAAAUAGAAGACAGACCUACUUAUCGCUGUUUACGAAGGAACAAGGAAGAAGCCGCAAGUAUAAAUAGAGCUUCAUUUCACUCGUAAAUAGAGAGCAAGCAACGAUCCAGGCAAUUUUCUUUUCCUUCACAUAUUUUCUACGUCCCUUCCAACUGUCAUAUUCAAUCAAUUUGACAUUGUUUUUAAUCCAAACAACUCGCUCUAGUCCCAAACACGACCCUAUUUCUACCACAUAAUAUAAAUACAAAUGUCUCGACUAUUUAGUGGAUCUCUUCAAACUCUUGUCCGCUGGUCAGGAUUCGACAAGUCCAAACUAUCAGCAAAGUGGAAAACCGCAGUGGAAAAUUUCACGAAGCCAGGAGGAGGGGCUGAGAAUAGACUUGGCAAACUAAACAGUGUCAAUAUCAAACACCGGGAUGACAAUCCUGUCCACAAAUCCCACUUCAAUCGAGAUGACAACGAAUGGGUUAUUAGUGCAGAGAUCUCGGGUGCGAAUGGCAGGAAGGUCUGCCAUAUUUAUGAGGAUGGGACUGGCACAACUAAAAAGGGGGAAGAGAGGCGUUAACUAUUGAAAAUCCCACUGGUGUCAUGGUUUGGCAGGGGCUGUUACUGUUUGAUCAAUCUGUGGUUAGGAAAUGAACUUGUGUUGUCGUUUUUCAAGUACGUUGGGAUAAAAGUGCGCCUGAGAAUCAAUCAUAUCUCCCAAGAGGGAGCUGCCCACAAAAUCCAUUAAGCAUCGUAACUGUGGUGUAGAAAUUGUAGAUAGGCGCCUGUCUAUUCAACUCCGCUGACUCCACAAGUAUAUUAUAUAUCGAAUUCAUCACGUGACCAACGUGCAAGGUUGAUGGUGAGGUGGCCCAAUUAUUAUUUAGAAUUUAGUGGGUGAUACGAUACAAUGGUUUAGCCGCCCAACGUCAAGAGGACAGAGU